GUGUACAGGAGUCCAUGCGCCGUGUGGAUCCUUAUGGAGUAUCUAUUCGCACCCUUCAGCUCAACCCACGAAGACGCAGGAAGUACUUUGUACCAGCGCCAAACAGUCUGUGGCACAUCGACGGCAAUCACAAAUUGAUAAGAUGGCGUAUUGUUGUCCAUGGUGGGAUAGAUGGCUUUAGCCGUCUCAUUGUAUACCUGAGUGCAGCCACCAACAACUGUGCAGCAAUAGUCAUGCAAAGCUUUCUUGAAGCUGUUCAAGUAUAUGGCAUGCCAUCUCGUGUGAGAUCAGAUAAAGGUGGGGAAAAUGUUGAUGUUGCACGCUAUAUGGUGGCUAACAGAGGACUCAACAGAAAUUCACAUAUUGCUGGCAGGAGUGUUCAUAAUCAGAGAAUAGAGAGACUCUGGAGAGAUGUUUAUGCUGGAGUGCUUGAUCUAUUCUACUCAAUCUUUACCAAUCUUGAGAGAGAAGGCCUUCUGGAUCCUGACAAUGAAGUUCAUCUUUAUGCUUUACACCAGAGUUUUCUGCCUCACAUACAGAAGCACCUUGUCUUUUUUCAACGUGGCUGGAACUGCCACCGACUGCGAACGGAGGGAAAUCAGUCCCCGUUUCAACUGUGGAGUCGUCAUCAGAAUGAGGCACAGCAGGACCCUAUGCAGGUUGAUAUGGAGUAUGGAGUUGACUGGACAGGCCCUUGUGGUCAUCGACAGCCUGGUGUUGUGGUCCCUGAAGUUCAACUGCAGCGGAUGUUGACUAUGGAAGAAAUAGAAAGUCUGCCAGAACCUGAUGUACCUUUGUCCAAUGUGUUGGAUGUCUACAUACAAACUGUAAACUUAUUAACAGAGAUGCUUCAGUAAAUUUAUUUUCAAACAACUGUACAAUAUAUGCUCACACUAGAAGCAAGUUGUUCUAAUGCUCUACCUUAUAAAAGCUGGGAUAACAAACUUUUGUUUCAUAAAUGUUUUAAAAGAGUUAUAUUUACAAACAUUUUGUUACUCAUUUGGCAAUAAAAAAAACACAACUGACAA